AACUAUAGUUUGUUAACAAGAAUUUUGUGGAGUGGUUGAAAAAUGAGUUUUAAUGACUCAACCGAAGUGUAUGUAAACUUCUGACUUCAACUGUAUAUUCACUUUUAUUACUCUAAAUACACGUGGAACUGCAUGAAAAUCAUGCAUGUCACACAUUGGCCCCAUUUAUUAAUUGAAAGACCCAGAACUGUUAUUUUUACAUGUGGUGCAUGCAGAAUCGAGAAGUCCUUUUUUAGUCCAGAAAUAUGCUUUCUGGGCCCGGAAGCCAGCUUGUGAUGCAUGUUUUUGUGGAUAAACAGAAAAUAUAUAUAUUUUUUAUUAUCAAAUACGUUUGCAGCAUCAUUGUUUCCCCUUUCGACAGUGUACACAUUAGUGACGUAACAGGAGGAAUGGGAACCUAAAGGCAGUAUAAUAGCCUUUUGGGGGAACGGGUGUGACUCACACAACUUAAAAGUCCACGUAGAAAUACAUUUUUAUAAACCAAGUAAAUGGUUAUUGGAUGAACUCGGUGGGACAAACAGCCAUUGCGUCAAACGUUCCGUUACAAUUAACCUUAACCAGUCCACAUUUUGUCAUCGCCACGUUCAGCAGGAGAGACAACGUUGUCUUACGUUCAUAUAGAAAUGUAUGAUGUAGAACCAAUAUACUUCUCUGGUAUGUAGAAUAAGUAAUCACAUCAGCUCAUUGAAUAUCUUCCGCAACGUUCCACAACGCUGAGGUAUCAGCUACUUAACCUAAUGAUCCGGAACACACCCCUUUACGAAGGUAGCACAGGCUGCCUACGAGGCAACGAACUGCAGCCGAGACACAUCUGACCUAUGUCGUCGCCAGAGAUCGCUUCCCUGUCCUGGGGACACAUGAAGGUGAAGGGCUGCUCCUCUUCCUAUAAGGACUGUAAGGUGUGGCCCGGGGGUAGCCGCGCAUGGGACUGGAGAGAGACUGGGACGGAUCAUCACCCUGGAGUGCAGCCUGCAGAUCUGGAGGAGGUGCUUCAGAAGGGUGUGGCGACUCUGGUCAUCGGGCGGGGCAUGAGUGAGGCGCUGCAGGUCCCGCCCUCAACUGUGGACUUUGUGAGACAGAGAGGAGUGGAGCUGAUAGUUCUGCAGACAGAGAAGGCCAUCACAGAAUACAACAACCUGGUUGGCCAGGGAGCCAAGGUGGGUGGCAUCUUCCACUCUACCUGCUGAUGACAUCAUACCACAGGUGGCCAGUAGGAGAACUCUGAAAGCCUGGUGCGAUUCAACAUGUCAUAUUCAUUACAGCACACCAUUUUGCUAUGGACAAGUCCAUGUAGUCCCUCCCUGUUUGGUGCCUGAUGAACACAACCCUGGGGUACAUUAGUGAAGUGAAACAUUCAGAACACCGUAAUGAAGAGCUAAAAUGACUUGCUGUGAAUAAAGGCUUGUUUUUGUCA